GUGCUGCAGUGCAGUAAAUGUAAUUUGAAGAAGCCAGAAGGAACCCAUGGCUUUAGCUGGCUGCCCAGAUUCCUUUUUGUACCAUCCGUACUACCAGGACAAGGUGGAGCAGACACCCCACAAUCAGCCAGACCUGGCAGGACCUGGGUUCCCAGCACAGUCUGACCGACUUGCAAGUCACCAAGAGGAUGACGUGGACCUGGAAGCCCUGAUGAACGACAUGAACGUGUCCCUGGAGGGCCUGUACUCAGCCUGCAGCAUGCAGUCAGACACGGUGCCCCUCCUGCAGAACGGCCAGCACGCUCACAGCCAGCCGCAGACCGCAAGCCCUCGGGCCCUCCAGCCGCCAGUGUCCCCGAGGCAGAGGGUGCAGCGCUCCCAGCCCAUGCACAUCCUGGCUGUCAGACGCCUUCAGGAGGAAGACCAGCAGUUUAGAACCUCAUCUCUGCCGGCCAUCCCCAACCCGUUUCCUGAGCUCUGCGGCCCCGGGAGCCCUCCUGUGCUCACGCCGGGCUCCUUACCUCCAAGCCAGGCCACCGCCAAGAAGGAUGUUAAAGUCUUUAGUGAAGAUGGGACGAGCAAGGUGGUGGAGAUUCUAGCAGACAUGACAGCCAGGGACCUGUGCCAAUUGCUGGUUUACAAAAGUCAUUGUGUGGAUGACAACAGCUGGACCCUAGUGGAGCACCACCCGCACCUAGGAUUAGAGAGGUGCUUGGAAGACCAUGAGCUGGUGGUCCAGGUGGAGAGUACCAUGGCCAGCGAGAGUAAAUUUUUAUUCAGGAAGAAUUAUGCGAAGUAUGAGUUUUUCAAAAAUCCCAUGAAUUUCUUCCCAGAACAGAUGGUUACUUGGUGCCAGCAGUCGAAUGGCAGUCAGACCCAGCUUUUGCAGAAUUUUCUGAACUCCAGUAGUUGUCCUGAGAUUCAAGGGUUUUUGCACGUGAAAGAACUGGGAAAGAAAUCAUGGAAAAAGCUCUACGUGUGUCUGCGGAGAUCUGGCCUUUAUUGUUCCACAAAGGGAACUUCCAAGGAGCCCAGACACCUGCAGCUGCUGGCUGACCUGGAGGACAGCAAUGUCUUCUCCCUGAUCGCUGGCAGAAAGCAGUACGGUGCCCCCAGUGACCACGGGCUCUGCAUAAAGCCAAACAAAGUUCGGAACGAAACUAAAGAGCUGAGGCUGCUCUGCGCAGAAGACGAGCAAACCAGGACUUGCUGGAUGACAGCGUUCAGGCUCCUCAAGUAUGGAAUGCUCCUUUACCAGAACUACCGGAUCCCUCAGCAGAGGAAAGCCUUGCUGUCUCCGUUCUCGACACCAGUGCGCAGUGUCUCUGAGAACUCCCUUGUGGCAAUGGAUUUUUCUGGGCAAACAGGACGCGUGAUAGAUAAUCCAGCCGAAGCCCAGAGUGCAGCCCUGGAGGAGGGCCACGCCUGGAGGAAGCGAAGCACACGGAUGAAUAUCCUAGGUAGCCAAAGUCCCCUCCACCCUUCCACCCUAAGUACAGUAAUCCACAGGACACAGCACUGGUUUCACGGGAGGAUCUCCAGGGAGGAAUCCCACCGGAUCAUUAAGCAGCAAGGGCUCGUGGAUGGGCUUUUUCUCCUCCGUGACAGCCAGAGUAAUCCAAAGGCAUUUGUACUCACACUGUGUCAUCACCAGAAAAUUAAAAAUUUCCAGAUUUUACCAUGUGAGGACGAUGGGCAGACGUUCUUCAGCCUGGAUGAUGGGAACACCAAAUUCUCCGACCUGAUCCAGCUGGUCGACUUCUACCAGCUGAACAAAGGAGUCCUGCCUUGCAAACUCAAGCACCACUGUAUCCGAGUGGCCUUAUGACCUCAGAUGUGCUCUCAGCUGAAGCCUGGAGGAAGCUAACACUGGAAUGAAGAAGAGGUCUGUACAUUGGUGAAGAGUAAACGUCUGUCUGCACCCGGGGACUCGGAGGGAGACGGUUUGUUUGGUGCCGAUCGACCAAGGUUGACUUGUGUUUGGACUUAAUAACAAUUUGUUGCUGAGGAAACAGCAGGACCGCCUCCCUCCGUGUCUGCCAAAUUGGGGAGGGCACAGAAGAUCCAGCGCAAAUUUGAGAAUAAACUGGAAUGAUCAUCUUGGCUGGGCCACUUCGGAACAAGAACCAGACAGAAGUGAUUGGAAGUGAACUCUUGCCCUGGAAUAAUCUUGACAAUUAAAACUGAUAUGUUUACUUUUUUGUAUUGAUCACUUUUUUGCACUCCUUCUUUGUUUUCAAUAUUGUACUCAGCCUAUGAGAGGAGGGAAAUGUGGCUUUUCAACUCAUGUAAGACAAAGAGUUUCAUGUGGGCAGACUUCAGACCGAAUGCGAGUCCCCAAGUGUUUCCAGAGGGUGAUCACACUCUCUGCCGUGACCACAGUGAGGACUCAGCUCCCAUGUUACAAAUCACCCGGCCCUUCCCAGUAUACUUGAAAAGCUUUUUGUUAAAAUAAAAGGUGUCAGCUGUGGCAGGCAUUUGGCAUGUUUUGUGGACUCAGCCAAGCAACCACAGUCUGUUCCUCGUUUCUCUAUGCUCAAAUGUCAGAACCUUUUGUUAUUAGCGUGUCUUGUCCUCCACGGUGCAGGAGACUAUUUCUUUGGAAAAUUCACUGUCCCAUAACAUAGCAGGACUGACCGGCCUCACCUCUAGAUGGACAUGGGCCAGCCUUCUGGAGAUACUCCUGGCUCCCGCUGUCUGCCAGCAGCGGGUGCCGCGUAGUCCAUCUGGGGUGCUUACAGCCUUCAGCCUGUUCUAGAAUGAUCACUGCCUUAGCCCUGCCACAGGGGCGUGAGUCGUUUCACGGCUGACGUCCCUUGGGGAAUCCAAGGAUCUGAAAAGAAAACGGCACCUAGUUAGCUUUGUGGCUGUGUCCCAGGGGUUUCCAUGGCAACAAAGACAAGGAACCGUUGCAGUAGGGCACAGGCUGCCAUUUGAAGAUCUUGCUUGAUGACCUCCAUCCUGCUGAAAACCCCGUGAGCCAGUGCAGACAGAGCAGUGAGAGGCUCCCCUCUGCUGGCUUAGGGUCAGAAGUACCUCACGGUAGCUGUGGACACAAAAGAGAGUUUUAGCAACACAACCCUUGCUUCCCACUCUGGGAUGUGUGUCAGAUCGUGGCUUGAGUCGUCCCUUGGUCCCCUCUGUUCUGCAGGCGGCACCCUUUGUCACGUCCCCUUAGUUCAGUUUUCAGGUGUGAGAGUGGCCAUUGCUAUACCUUUGACCCCCCUGCAAAGCAGAAAGGACUCCCUCGACAAGCACACAGACUACUGUGGUGAGAACAUGACUUCCUUUUCCAAGACAGUGCCUGGCGGGCUCCUCUCAAUCUGUGCCAGCCACUAGACAGCCCAAAACCCAACUCACUGAAGUGCUCCACUCCUCAGUUGACCUCCAUGGUUUGGGGGAGACGCAUCUUGAGUCUCGGUCGGGCUCAUCCGCUGGAAGUCAGUCUGCGGGAUGGAAACACACUGCAUUGUGGUUUACACUCUAGUUGUGUUCCCUGGAAGGUCUACUGACACCAGCGGAGAAUCUUCUCACUAAGCGUGUUUUUGAGCAUAAAUGCUCAACUGCAUCUUCUCCCUUAUGCAGCCAGUUAAUCUUUCGAAUCAUUGACAGUGAGGUAACUCCCAAGUUCACACCUGGCAGCACGCUUCACUGAGCGUCCCUGUAGGGACGGACACUGCAGUUAGACCACAAGACCUUUCUCUUCACUGGCUUGAGGUAGAGCUUUCCCUAGGAAACACAGCACUAGGGUCUUUUUUCCAGUGUCCGUAGACCAGUCCCACCAGUGUCUAAUCCCUCUCUCACACCUCUCUCCAGUAGUCAGCUAGUAUUUGCAGUAUUUCAUAUUUAUAAAUAUGUGUUUAUUUAAAAGGAGAACAAAAGCUUGACUCUGAUUCACAGUUUUGUAUGUAGCCGGUUUGACGUAGUCUUUUGUACUUUCCCAGCCGAAGUGAAUUGUUGGAGAAUGUAGCCGCCUGCGUGCAGCGGCAGACAUCCCCAGGCCCAGCUCACGGCCUCGGCCAGGCAGCUGGGAAUUCCACCUGAACACAAGGAGUCCCGCAGACUGGGGCCGGAAGGACAUUUGACUUUUAUUUUUGUAUUUAAUUGACAUGAAUGUAAAGGGGACAGCUCAGGGUUGUUUUGAAGCCUGUUGACUUUGUAUCUCUGCCUGUGAUUUUCUUUCCUACACGAAAACUCCAUGUAGCAACCGGGACGAAGUUGAGAAGGAAAACGCCAAACGCUUUGGUUAUUAGAAGUUAAUAGGUAAGCUCUGUUACAUUAGGUGUUAGAGUUCCAGAAUGUUCUUUUGUUUGCUAAACCUUGAAGAAACAUGUGCCUCAGCCUAGAUGUUUUGUCUUCUCUUUUCUGCACUUAAUACCUGACGGUGUGACUGAUGGCUGCGCCUUCCUGGGGGCGGGAUGAGCCGCUGGUAGAUUUGUGAUGUCACAGUACAAGCGGCAGUGACUGUCAAUGGCCUGGCGUGUAAACGUUUUCAGGGAAUGCAGAAGGUAUUAAUCAAGAGACAAAACCUUUACCCCAUGUGCUUUGCUUCAUUCUGUACAUAGCUCUUUGGCUCGUGAACCUAAUUGUAAACUUUCAGGUAUUUUUGUACAAAUAAGGGACUGAUGUUCUGUUUCUUGUCAUUAGAAAUAAACAUUAAUACAGUGUUCUACAUUU